UGAGGACCCGCCCCUUUAAAGCCAGAGAUCUCCGAUAGUUGCUAGGUUAGUGCACCGACCAGUGUGAAAGGAGGAACACGGAAGAGGAAUAAAACCAAUCGCCAGCUCUUUCCAUUUAACCCCCAAGAGCUCCGUCACUGCUAUUAGCAUCCAGAGCUACAAAGCAGCCCGGAACAUUACAAGGCUGGAUUCACAGUCGCGGUACCUCUCCACAUACACUGCGCGAUAAGAUACAGAGGCGACCCAAGGCUUCAAGAAAUAGAUGCAUGCAUCUUGUAGAUGCAGACAAAGCCAUGAUACCCAUGCAGAUUAAUGCUGAGGUCGAUGUUACAGAAACUGGAAGAUACUGAGUUUGACUAUGAAGGCAUAACGAGCAAUUGGUGAUAAAUUACUUCAGAGGAAUACAGUUGAUUUGUAAAUGCUGAAACCGUAUUAACAGUGCCAUUCCAAGGAGAGUUAUUUUUGGAGAGUGUACACUUAGUCAUGUUUAUUGGGAAGACUUCCACCUUGAGCCAUUUCAGUUCGCAAUUGUUAUGUUCACUUCACUGACUCCUGAAUUUCUCAGCCAGUAGUUUUCUUCUAAAUUAAUCUUCAUUACCAGUGUCCCUGAUCCAAGGAGAGUGUUACAUAGAUUGCUGUUGCAGAAGCAUGUCCAAAACCACAGAGAUUGUCAACCUCUCAUUCUUAAUGGAUAAUGAAAAGGAAAUGAUCUUGGAGGUUUUACGGCGAGACGAACAAUUGAGAAAAGCCGAAGAAAAGAGAAUAAGGAAGUUAAAGAAUGAACUCAUCAAAAUCCGAGGUUCUUCAAUAAAUCGAAGAAAGCAGCAAAUCAGUGACCGAGUCUGUAAACGAUGUCAGAAGACACUUGGCCUAAUCUUCUGCAGAGGAGACCUGUGCCAGACAUGCAAUGACCGUGUGUGUACACAAUGUCGAGUUAUAGUCAAUGAUGGGACCUGGAAGUGCACUGUGUGCGCUAAAGUUGCAGAGCUGAGGAUUGUGACUGGAGAGUGGUUUUUUGAAGCGAGAUCAAAACGAUUUGAACCUGCAUCGGGAAUGGGAUAUGAAAUCAUCAAACAGUCCAUCAUCAGGAAACCUAUAGAAGACAAGACUGACCAACCAAAGGGAAAAACAAAUCAGAAAAGUAUAGAUGAAGGCUCAAGGACCUCCACAUUAACCAGAAAUGAGAAAAAAAUGGUUCCUGAAGUAUUCAAACGGAUUAGAAAACCAGGCAAGUCUAAUCAGAAGGUACAGAAUGGUCAGGGAAUCGAUACAGCAUCUGAGGAUGGAAGAAGUAUUAGCUACGCAGGUUCAGAUUUUGAAAUGGAAAGUAUACAUUCCACAACAUGGUCUGGCAGCAGAACAUCAACUCCUGUGCUCCAGAUCUCUCCAGUGUCCAGCAAAUACAGCAUUGUGUCAGAGAGUAACAAGAGGGCUAAAUCUUCAGAAAGUGUUGACACUCUCCCAAUGAGUAACAGUGUGCCCAAGGAUCUGGCCAAAGGGAAAAACAAUAUGCCUAAAAUAGCAAUUUCCAGAUAUUCCAUUUCAUCAGAUCGCAGUAGAUCAGAGUUGGACCUAAGUGGAUCCUAUACAUCAGGAAACGAAGAUUCCAUUAGCCUCAGAAGUAAAAGUGUACCUGGAGGUCUCAAUGAAGCCAUGGAUUACCUUGAGGAGGAGGAGGAGGAGGAAGAAGAUAUUGAUGACUUGGUCUCUAUGUAUCGCCCGAGCAGCGGAAGAAGCAGUUUGGGAAGUGGUUUAUCUGUGCAUUGCCAGUCAGGCGCUGACAAGAAGUGGACAUUCCUUAAUGUACCCGAUCAUGAUGCAGAAACCACCAGUUUAAACAGUAUGAUAAGUGUUUACAGUGAAACAGGAGACUAUGGCAAUGUGAACAUCAGUGGGGAAAUCCUCCUUGCAAUCAAUUAUAGCUACAAAAGCGGGGCAUUAAAUAUUAUUGUGAAGGAAUGUCGCAAUUUAGCAAUUGGAGAUGAAAAGAAACAGAGAACUGAUCCCUAUGUGAAGACUUACCUCCUCCCAGACAAAUCUCGCCAGAGCAAGCGCAAGACUAAGCUCAAAUCAAACACAACAAAUCCAGUUUACAAUGAAACAUUGAAGUACGUCAUUAGUCACUCUCAAUUGGAGACACGAACUCUCCAGCUGUCAGUCUGGCACUAUGACAGAUUUGGACGUAACAGUUUCCUAGGUGAAGUGGAGAUACCAUUUGAUUCCUGGGAUUUAGAAAAUCAUGUUGAGGACUGGUUUCCACUGCAGCCAAAGGUGGAGGCUCCUGUAGAUAAUGUUCUACAGUAUAAAGGAGAAUUGACAAUUUCUUUGCGUUAUAUCCCAUUUGGUCAGACACUGGCUGUUCCAAAAGAACAUGGAAAAGCUAAAAGACGUUUAAUUCGUGGAAAGAAAGACUCUUCCCAGGUAUCUAGCGGUGGAGUACUGGAAGUGCUCAUUAAGGAAGCCAAAAAUUUAACUGCAGUAAAAACAGGAGGUGUUUCAGAUACCUUUGUAAAAGGAUACUUACUUCCUGACAACAACAAAGCUUCGAAGCAUAAAACACAAGUCAUAAAAAAGAGUGUAAACCCUCAGUGGAACCAUACUUUCACGUACAGUGGUUUACACCCAAAUGAUCUACAAAACGUCUCCCUAGAAUUAACAGUCUGGGACAAAGAAUCUCUUUCCAGCAAUGUUUUCCUGGGUGGUAUCAGACUCGGCUAUGGCAAUGGCCGCAGCUAUGGAAACGAAGUUGAUUGGAUGGAUUCCCAAGGAGAGGAACAACACAUCUGGCUGCAAAUGAUAGCAAACCCAGGUGUCUUUGUGGAGAGCACAAUAAUGCUGAGAGCCAGCAUGGGAAAGCGCAAAUUUUAAGCCUGACAGACUAUAAGAAUACAAUGUAAAAUACUACACACUGUUGAACUACUGUAUUUACUGAGGCUGACAUGGUUGGGAUAAUUCUGUGACUGAAGACUACCUUAUUUAAAAAAAACCUGAUUUCACAUCUUAGUUUUUGUAAAUACAUUUCCUUGGGAUUUUUAGGCAGUUCAUUUUUGAAAAAAAGCACCUGAUAUCUGGCACAGCACUGAGAAAAAAAAAUUCUAGUUGUUCAGCUGUGUCUGUCUCCAUAGAAUCAGGAAUCCUCAGAGGUUUCACUAUUUUAUUGAAAGGUAGAGGCUCUUAUCUCAAACAUCACCAAGAAUUAUCUUGUCCCUACUUUCUGAUGUUACUGAGUUAGCAAUCUGAAAUCUUACUUGUGCAAUAACUCCAGAAAGAUCAUAACUUAUAUAAGAAAAACAGGAUGCAGAGGAAAUAUUUUCCUAACAUCUGUAACAAACAUUUUUCUGAUGAAGGGUCUAGGCCCGAAAUGUCAGCUUCUGCGCUCCUAAGAUGCUACUUGGCCUGCUGUGUUCAUCCAGCUUCACACUUUGUUAUCUUGGAUUCUCCAGCAUCUGCAGUUCCCAUCAUCUCUGUUUCUAUUUUAUGGCAGAUUCCAUUCUUUCCAUAGAUUGGUCAUUUCAAAACCUUUGUCUUUGUAUGCUACAGACUAUUUUUGCUGUGAAAGGGAGCAAUGAAGCUUAAGGUCAAUCCCAACAGUAAAUGAGAAAGCCCUACUUGAAUCUUUAUCUGACUUUGCUCCUUGUUUAUAAUUACAGUGUCACUAUUUUCUGUAAGCAAGGGUAGUAUAAAGUGCCUCAGUGAAAAUGAAUUAUUUGGUUAGGGUUAAAAGGAAGGAGUGUUGCAAUUUAAAACUGGAUAAAAAUCAAAAAGUCGGAGAACUGUAUUUCAAUUAAAUGAUCUUAAAUUCUAAAACAUUUGAGAAAAAAAACAAAAAACAGCAAAGCAUAAAUUACCCUCCCAAGAGUUAAGAAACCAACAUUUGUCAAUCAAUGUAGAAUGAUGUACUUGCUUCAUAGUCUGCAAUGUAAAGCACAUUAUCUGAUAAUAAAACUUCAGGAAGUAUCUGAAAACUCUUUGUUUUAGUCAUUGAUCCUUGACUUUUUUGUAGAAAACCAAAUUGUACCAAAAUCAAAUGAAUUUACAUGUACUCCUUAACAUUUCCAAUUGCUUUCACAUUCAAAGCAGAGAAUCUGGAUUCUCAUCCAGUAAUUAUCCACUUGAGCCAUGCAAUUUUUUCUUGGAAAUCUCCAAAGAUUCUAAAAGUGCUACAGGUUACACAAUUAUAAAUUAAUUCAGCUGUAAUUACAGCAACAAUUUAUUUCAGGAUCUUAGCUCAUUGCUAUGAAUAGAAUAGUUUCAGCCACUGUGAAAUAAAAUACUGCUUUUUUUCAUAGUAACCUUACCUAUCAGCAUAUGAUUUAAGUUGCCAUAGUUCCACUCGUUCAAGAGAUGAUGUGGUGAGUUUAACUUGGGGCUCACCAUGCCUCAGGUGAGCGGCAAGUUCAAAAUCUGCAUGGUAACCUCAGCCAGUACAGGAAUUGAAGCCACACACAUGGCUUUACUCCACAUUGCAAACUAGCUGUGCAGCCCCAACUGAGUUAACUGUCCACAGAUAAGACAAUAGAGAGGAUUGUGCAAGUUAUACUUGGUUAUUGCUGAAUCAGCCAAUCUCAGUUGUAACAGCAGUAAGUCUGCUAUUUUUUGGCUUUAAUGAUCAGAAAUGGGAAUUGGAACUCCCGAAUGAAUACACUGAUUUGUGAUAGCACAAGGUCUUACCCCGAGUAUAUACGCGGAGAUAUCAUUUUUGUUGAAAUUCUCCAGUCUAUCUCACAGCAGUCACAAAUGAAUGACCACCGAGUUUAAUGUUUGGUCAGGGAGCCGUAAUUUUAAGAAGGUUAGUGAGAAAAAAAAAUACUCACGAUAAAAUAUUCAACAACAGUGAUGAGGUAUGGUGAUUUUUGUAGUGAUAGAGUUCUCCAGCACGGGUUGCUGGGAAUAAAGUGCAAUUGAGUAAUAAUUAGGUUAAACGUUAUUUUGUUUUGAAUUGUCAAAGUGAUAGACAUUGUAUUGCAUCUGUUACAAAACAGUGACUAUAAUUGUUACCAUUAAGGAGAAAUGAAUGAAACUCCAAAUUUAAAUAUUUUUAAAUGGAUAUUAUACUUUGUCUAUUCCUGUAACAGAUUAUCCAGCUGUUUUAAAUCUUGCAAUUUCACAUCAUCAUUUCUAUAUCUUUAAAAACAGCAUUUGUAAAACAAU